AUGAUAUCGUCGAGCAGCAUUGGCGAGUUAUCUAGAUUCACGAGGCUGCGGAUUGUUGCAACCAUGGAGACUCUUAAAUUUAUAUGUAUACUUAUGAUAGUGUCUCAGGCGCAUACACUGUUGACGUCACCGCCCCGAAUCGUGAAGCAGCCGACAGUGGAGGAGCUACUGUUCCAAGUGGCCCAGUCGGGGGAGGUCGAUAAGCCGUUCAUCAUCGAGUGCGAAGCGGAGGGGGAGCCGGCACCCAAGUACAGAUGGAUAAAGAACGGCAAGCCCUUCGAGUACUCUAGCUACGACAACCGCAUCUCGCAGCAGCCGGGCCGCGGCACGCUGGUGGUGAGCCAGCCGCGAGACGAGGACCUGGGCCAGUACCAGUGCUUCGCCUACAACGAGUGGGGCACCGCCACCUCCAACUCGGUGUUCGUCCGAAAGGCCGAGCUGAACUCGUUCAAGGAGGCGGACGGACCGCAGCAGACCAUCACAGCGCAGGAGGGAUUCCCCUUCAAGCUCACGUGCUCGCCGCCCGACGGCCACCCGAGCCCGAACGUGUACUGGAUGCUCCAGGGCGACCAGGGCCAGCUGAAGACGAUCAACAACUCGCGCAUGACCCUCGACCCGGAGGGCAACCUCUGGUUCUCGAACGUGACGCGCUACGACGCGAGCAACGACUACGCGUACACGUGCGCCGCCAAGUCGGUCUUCAGAAACGAGUACAAGCUGGGCAACAAGGUGUACCUGGAGGUGCAGCAGACGGGCAUAUCGCCGGCGCUGAACAAGCACGAGCCAGUGAGGCAGUACACGUCGCGCAGGGUCGAGAAGGCGUGGCGCGGCAAGAAGGUGGAACUGUACUGCAUCUACGGUGGAACGCCGCUGCCGCAGAUAGUGUGGAAGAGGAACGGCAGCCGCAUACUGUCCUCGCAGCGCAUCACCCAGGACAACUACGGCAAGACGCUGGUGAUCAAGCGCGCCGGCUACGAGGACCAGGGCACGUACACCUGCGAGGUGAGCAACGGCGUGGGCACAGCGCAGACCUACUCCAUCCAGCUGAACGUCGAGGCGGCGCCGUUCUUCACCGAGGAGCCGCAGUUCCAGAACCUCGCCGAGGGCGAGACGGCGGUGAUCAGGUGCCGCGCGGGGGGCACCCCCGAGCCGCAGAUCGCGUGGGUGCACAACGGCCGCCCCAUCGAGCAGGCGGAGCCGAACCCCAGGCGCCAGGUGACCGCGGACUCCAUCAUCAUCAGCGACCUGCUGAAGAAGGACACGGGCAACUACGGCUGCAACGCGACCAACUCUAACGGAUACGUGUACAAGGACGUGUACAUCAACGUGCAGUCGAUCCCGCCCGAGAUCAAGGAGGGCCCGGAGAACCUGACCAAGGUGGACGGCUCCGAGGCGGUGCUCAAGUGCCGCGUGUUCGGCGCGCCCAGGCCCAUCGUCAAGUGGAUGCGCGACGACGUCGACGUCACCGGCGGCAAGUACAACAUCACCCCCGACGGCGACCUGGUGAUACGAGACGUGUCCUACACCGACGUGGGCACGUACGAGUGCUACGCCAAGAACAAGUUCGGCGAGAAGUCGGCCUACGGAUCGCUCACCGUCAAGAAGCGCACUGUGAUCACGGACAAGCCGGAGAACUACGAGGUGGCGGCCGGCUCGUCGGCGACGUUCCGCUGCAACGCGCACGCGGACGACUCGCUGCCGCUCGAGCUCGUGUGGCUGAGCGGCGGGCAGCCGAUCGACCUGGACGCGCAGCCGCGCUUCCGCGUCACCAACGACUACUCGCUGCUCAUCUCGGACACCACGGAGCUCGACUCGGGCGAGUACACGUGCAUCGCGCGCACGCCCGUCGACGAGGCGCGCGCCCAGGCCACGCUCACGGUGCAAGACAAGCCGAACCCGCCGGCGCUGGACGGCAUCGAGUGCCACGCGAGGAUGGCCGUGCUCCGCUGGCACUCGAUGGGCGACAACCGCGCGCCGAUACUGCGCUUCUCCAUCCAGUACAACACGAGCUUCACGCCGGACUCGUGGGAGGUGUCCACCGACGACGUGCCGUCCAUCGACACCUCGUGGGCGGUGGACCUCACGCCGUGGGCCAACUACACGUUCCGCGUGCUCGCCUGGAACAAGAUCGGCCCCUCGGCCCCCUCCGCCCACUCGGACGUGUGCACCACGCAGCCCGACGUGCCCCACAAGAACCCCGACAACGUGGAGGGCAAGGGCCGCGACCCCACCAACAUGGUCAUCUCCUGGACGAGCAUGCCCCAAAUCGAGCACAACGGGCCCGGCUUCUACUACCUGGUGGCGUGGCGGCGCAACAUCACCGGCCAGCCGUGGAGCGAGCAGCAGGUCACCGACUGGCAGGACACCGAGCUGGUGGUGCCCAACACGCCCACCUUCCAGCCGUACCGGAUCAAGGUUAUCGCCGUGAACUCUAAGGGAACUUCGAACGUUACUCCCAUUGAGGUGAUCGGCUGGUCCGGGGAGGAUACACCACUGCAGGCGCCGACCAACUUCACCCUGGUGCAGGUCACCACCGGCACCACCGCGCUGCUGAGCUGGAACCCGGUCUCGCCCGAGUCGGUGCGCGGCCACUUCAAGGGCUACAAGAUACAAACGUGGACGGACGGCGAAGAGGACCGGAUCAAAGAGAUCCUCGUGAAGGCGGACGCGUCCAGCGCCCUCGUCUCCAAGUUCAGGCCGUUCAAGAAGAACAACGCCAGGAUCCUCGUCUACAACGGCCGCUUCAACGGCCCGCCCAGCGAAAUACUGAGCUUCCUCACACCCGAGGGCAAACCGGGCACCGUGAAGUCCUUCGAAGCGUACCCGAUCGGCUCCUCGGCCAUGCUCCUCAAGUGGGACAAGCCGAUAGAGGAGAACGGCGUGCUCACCGGCUACAAGAUAUACUACCAGAAGGUAACCGGCACCGCCCUGGGGCCGCUGCAGGAGAGGAAGAAGGAGAUCGACCCGAAGUUCGACCGCGCCAAGCUCGCCGGCCUCGAGCCGAACACCAAGUACCGCAUCGAGAUCCGCGCGAAGACCAAGGCCGGCGAGGGGGAGAAGUACUACGUGGAGCAGAGCACGAGGGCGAUGGCGUAUGCGAAGCCGGACGCGCCGCUGUUCGAGGCGAGCCUGGUGCCGGCCAAGGAGGGCGCGGCGCACGUGCUGGUGCGCUGGCUGCCCGCGCCGGACGGCCACCCGGGCACGCACUUCGUGGCCUGGUACCGGCUCAAGGGCCACCCCGACUGGCAGCGCACCAACGAGGUGACGGAGGACGACUACGUCAUCCUCACGGGCCUCGAGCCCGGACAGGUCUACGAGCUCAAGGUGACCGCGCACGACGGCGACUACUUCAGCACCAGCGAGAUCAGCGAGGUGGACACCACCAUCGACGGGCCGAUGAUAAUGCGCGACGACAAGAUGGCGACCGCCGGCUGGUUCAUCGGCGUGAUGCUCGCGCUGGCCUUCCUGCUGCUCGUGCUGGUGCUGGUGUGCGUGGUGCGGCGCAACCGCGGCGGAAAGUAUGACGUGCACGACCGCGAGCUGGCGCACGGCCGCCGCGACUACCCCGACGCCGGCUUCCACGAGUACACGCACCCGCUCGACAACAAAUCCAGGCAUUCGAUGAGCAGCGGCACCAAACCGGGCCCCGAAAGCGACACCGACUCCAUGGCAGAGUACGGCGAGGGAGAGACAGCCGGCAUGAACGAGGACGGCUCCUUCAUCGGCCAGUACGGGCGCAAGCGGCGGCCGCCCGCCUCCGGCCAGCCGGACUCCGCAUCGCAGGCCUUCGCCACGCUCAAUAGAUUAGACGUAUCCUUGUUUCCGUCCUUGUCUAUUCCUCCCUUAAGUUUUGUCUAUGCACGAGCAGCCAGUUUCUUUUGUUUUCAACGAGGCCGGUUCACGGAGGACGGCUCGUUCAUCGGGCAGUACGUGCCGGGCGCGCGGGUGCUGCCCCCGCCGCCCGCGCCCCCCGCCCCCGCUCAGCCCGUGGCCGCGCCCGCGCCCGGCCCCCAGCCGCCCACCUACGUC